AUGAAAAAGAUAUUUUCAAAGCAUGUAUCUUUCUAUCUUUCAGGUACCACAGAGAGGGUCUGUCUGAUCCAGGGCACGGUUGAAGCUCUCAAUGCCGUCCAUGGGUUCAUUGCAGAGAAGAUACGAGAAAUGCCACAAAACGUGGCCAAGACUGAGCCAGUUAGCAUCCUGCAACCACAAACAACAGUCAAUCCCGACCGCAUUAAACAAGUGAAGAUCAUCGUUCCAAACAGCACUGCAGGUCUGAUCAUCGGGAAGGGAGGUGCCACUGUGAAGGCGGUAAUGGAACAGUCUGGUGCAUGGGUGCAGCUUUCCCAGAAACCAGAUGGCAUUAAUCUGCAGGAACGAGUGGUGACUGUAAGUGGCGAGCCAGAGCAAAACCGCAAGGCAGUAGAGCUGAUAGUGCAGAAGAUCCAAGAGGACCCACAGAGUGGUAGCUGUCUGAACAUCAGCUAUGCCAAUGUUACAGGACCUGUAGCUAACUCCAAUCCCACAGGAUCCCCUUAUGCCAACACUGCUGAAGUUCUACCUACUGCUGCUGCUGCUGCUGCAGGGCUCCUAGGACAUGCUAACCUUGCUGGGGUAGCAGCCUUCCCCGCUGUUCUCUCUGGCUUUACUGGCAAUGAUCUAGUUGCUAUUACAUCAGCACUCAACACUUUGGCCAGUUAUGGUUACAACCUCAAUACGCUAGGGUUGGGAUUUAAGUCAAGCGGCAGCCACAGGAGCAUUAGCAGCUGCUGCUGCAAGCGCCAACCCAGCCGCAGCUGCAGCAGCCAAUUUGCUGGCUACGUACGCCAGCGAAGCAACUGCGGGUGGUGGUACUGCUGGAGGAGCGGCUGGGACGUUUGCACUAGGCAGCUUGGCUGCUGCCACCGCAGCUACCAAUGGAUAUUUCGGGGCAGCAUCCCCUCUAGCUGCUAGUGCCAUUUUGGGGACUGAGAAGUCAACGGACGGCUCCAAGGACGUAGUAGAAAUUGCUGUGCCAGAAAACCUGGUAGGUGCCAUACUUGGCAAAGGUGGCAAGACAUUGGUGGAAUAUCAGGAGUUGACUGGAGCCAGGAUACAGAUCUCUAAAAAGGGGGAGUUUGUCCCCGGCACCAGAAACCGGAAGGUAACCAUAACAGGCACACCAGCCGCCACACAAGCUGCCCAGUAUCUAAUAACGCAACGAGUCACUUACGAGCAAGGUGUCCGGGCGGCCAACCCACAGAAAGUGGGUUAA